UAAGAAAGACUCCCUUGAAUAUCCCAUCACUCAUCCGGUCAUCCCACGCAACAACACACCCAUAGUCUCUCGCCAAACUAUAACUUGUCUCCGAAAUGGUUUUGUUUUCCUCCACCAAGAAGAUCCCACACGAGGAGGCUCUCUCCCACACACCCGCACAAGUCCAGCUCUUGCCCGACACAGCUCGGCCCUCAGUGCGGCACGACUCGCUCUCCCCAAGCGCCGGUGCUGCGCAGGACGAGUACACACACCCAGCCACCGACGCGCACGGCCACGGCAUCUGGGUGUGCUGCUGCGGGCACGACAACACGCUCGUGCACCGCGCAGGCGCACAUCCCUUCUGCAAGCUGGCCUGCGGAAAGUGCGCACACAUCCUAUGCCAGCACUGCCUGACGAGCGCCAUCGUGACGCCGCUCAGCGAUGCGCGCCGCGCUGCCAUGGCGGCACUGGAGCUGCCCAAGCUGCGCGGCAUCGUCGAGACGCUGUUCCAGGUCUGCCCGCACUGCGGGCUGUCGUUCCAGGCGCAGAUGUGCGCGCCGGAUCACAGUGGCGAGCGGCUGGUGUGGGCGCCUAUUGUGUCGCACUCGCACUCUGAGCUGUGUGCGUGCGGUGCGGCGGCUAAGGCGGAGUGGUUGAAGUUUGUUGUCGGGGACGCGAUGGCGUACUGUCUGCAUCCUGCGUGGGCGCUGCAUGCGCUUAAGAAUACGCGGGUUGAAGAAGGGCUCCAGAUGGGCCGGUUGGAGCCUGCUGGUUCUGUGCGGGAGGUGCCUGAGAUGAAGGCGGAGGGCGCAGGGUGUCGUCGAGCGCGAGGUUCGGAGACGGUGUUGGGGCAUUCGGAUUCUCUUGCACAGUUCAAGGCUCGCCCGUUUAACAACACGCAUCCGGAUGGCCGUUCGCAACAGGAGGUCGAGCAGUCGUAUCCCAUCGACCUGUCCGUGCAGAAUGCGAGCUCAGUCCGCCAGCCCCUUCGUCGACGACCGGAGAGGCUGGGGCUGGUGCAGCAUCAUGGUCUCAAGCGCUCUGGCGCGGUGCGCGGUGGCCGCACACCUCGUUCGGGGGCUCUUGACACGCCUCGUUCAGGUGCCAUCAACACUUCUCGUUCGGCUGCCAUCAACACGUCUCGUUCGGGUGCCAUCAACACUUCUCGUUCGGCUGCCAUCAACACUUCUCGUUCGGCUGCCAUCAACACACCUCGCUCUGCCGUUACUCGGUACCCUCGCGCGGAAGCGCAUGCGGAGGCUCCAAUCCUUUCCCCCAGCGCACACUGCUCGCCCCCCAGGCGCUGGAUGAGGAGCAGUGGCUGCGUGCGCAGCAGUUGAUGCCAGGGGAGAAGAUGUGAAUCAUAUGAGCGGGGCGCCUGAAGGGGUUCUAUGGCGUGGGAUUACGAUAGAAUUAAGUUGGCAGAUAAAAAAGGGGGGCAGGAGUAUAGUUGCGGCAGGAAAUAUAG